AUGAGCAACAACGAUAUUCAGCCAUACCAACCAGUCUCUUACCCAUACGUCAAUGCACAAACCUUGAGAAAUUAUAUCGGCAAGGAAGUAACCUUGAUUGGUAGAGUUGUUUCACUUGUUAGCGAUUCCGAUGUUUUUGAUGUUUUAACUCACGAAGGUACAGUCACAAUUUACCACAAUAGUCCAGUCUCUUUUGAUGAGAACGCAUUUGUUAUGAUUAGAGGACAAGGUGAAGAUUUGAAUGGUUCUCCUUCUUUGCGAUCAACAUUUGCUCAACAAUUACACACAACCACUGAUUUGGAUAUGGAAGUUUUUAACAAUUUUAUUCUCUUGGCCGAAGGAAAAUUCAGAGAUUUAUUCUAUGAUUAG